AUGGAUGAGAAAAUUUCGACGCGCCUGAGCGACCUAAAAGUGACGGGACUAAAAGCAGAAUUGAAAAAUCGCGAGUUGGAAACAUUCGGUAAGAAGAUUGAAUUAGUAGAGCGACUGGUAAGUGAAGGAUCCGAUCCAGAAACUGAUCUAUUCAAAGACGAGUUUCACACCUUGAUCUCAUCCAAUUCUGCCGAUAUGGAUGAGAAAAUUUCGACGCGCCUGAGCGACCUAAAAGUGACGGGACUAAAAGCAGAAUUGAAAAAUCGCGAGUUGGAAACAUUCGGUAAGAAGAUUGAAUUAUUAGAAAGACUGGUAAGUGAAGGAUCCGAUCCAGAAACUGAUCUAUUCAAAGACGAGUUUCACACCUUGAUCUCAUCCAAUUCUGCCGAUAUGGAUGAGAAAAUUUCGACGCGCCUGAGCGACCUAAAAGUGACGGGACUAAAAGCAGAAUUGAAAAAUCGCGAGUUGGAAACAUUCGGUAAGAAGAUUGAAUUAGUAGAAAGACUGGUAAGUGAAGGAUCCGAUCCAGAAACUGAUCUAUUCAAAGACGAGUUUCACACCUUGAUCUCAUCCAAUUCUGCCGAUAUGGAUGAGAAAAUUUCGACGCGCCUGAGCGACCUAAAAGUGACGGGACUAAAAGCAGAAUUGAAAAAUCGCGAGUUGGAAACAUUCGGUAAGAAGAUUGAAUUAUUAGAAAGACUGGUAAGUGAAGGAUCCGAUCCAGAAACUGAUCUAUUCAAAGACGAGUUUCACACCUUGAUCUCAUCCAAUUCUGCCGAUAUGGAUGAGAAAAUUUCGACGCGCCUGAGCGACCUAAAAGUGACGGGACUAAAAGCAGAAUUGAAAAAUCGCGAGUUGGAAACAUUCGGUAAGAAGAUUGAAUUAUUAGAAAGACUGGUAAGUGAAGGAUCCGAUCCAGAAACUGAUCUAUUCAAAGACGAGUUUCACACCUUGAUCUCAUCCAAUUCUGCCGAUAUGGAUGAGAAAAUUUCGACGCGCCUGAGCGACCUAAAAGUGACGGGACUAAAAGCAGAAUUGAAAAAUCGCGAGUUGGAAACAUUCGGUAAGAAGAUUGAAUUAGUAGAAAGACUGGUAAGUGAAGGAUCCGAUCCAGAAACUGAUCUAUUCAAAGACGAGUUUCACACCUUGAUCUCAUCCAAUUCUGCCGAUAUGGAUGAGAAAAUUUCGACGCGCCUGAGCGACCUAAAAGUGACGGGACUAAAAGCAGAAUUGAAAAAUCGCGAGUUGGAAACAUUCGGUAAGAAGAUUGAAUUAGUAGAGCGACUGGUAAGUGAAGGAUCCGAUCCAGAAACUGAUCUAUUCAAAGACGAGUUUCACACCUUGAUCUCAUCCAAUUCUGCCGAUAUGGACGAAAAGAUUUCGACGCGCCUGAGCGUAUAG